GUUAUCCCAAAUUCUCUCACCUCCGAUAUAGAGAGAAGGCAAUCACAGGAAUUUAGAGAGAGAGAGAGAGGAAGAGGAGGAUGAAGAUUCAAUGCAACGUUUGUGGAGUAGCGGAGGCGAAAGUUUUGUGUUGUGCGGAUGAGGCGGCUCUGUGCUGGGCAUGCGAUGAGAAGGUUCACGCUGCCAACAAGCUCGCCAGCAAGCAUCAGAGAAUUUCUCUCUCUAGCUCUUCCUCGCCCAUGCCCAAAUGUGAUAUCUGUCAGGAAAUGGUUGGCUAUUUCUUUUGUCUUGAGGAUCGAGCUUUAUUUUGCCGGAAAUGUGAUGUUUCCAUACACACAGCAAAUACACACGUGUCAGCUCAUCAGAGAUUUCUUCUUACGGGAGUGACAGUAGAGCUCGAAUCCUCUGAACCCGGUGCAUCUUCUUCCUCAGGGAAUUCUAAUAGUGGUGAGAAAAUAUCAGAAACCGAAUCUCGUUUUCUAUCUAAAAAGGGUACCCCAAUGUCAAUGUCUGGUCAAUGCAACAAAGUAUUACCUGUCCAAGUUAGUGGAGUUGGGGAUUUUGCUCCAACUAAGUUUCCGUUGGCUGGAGGAUCUGCAGCUGCAAGUAUUCCACAGUGGCACUCAGAUGAAUUUGUUGGACUAACUGAAUUGAAUCGGACCUAUGGCUACAUGGAUAACAGCUCUUCCAAGGCUGAUACUCGUAAGCUUGGAGACUCUGACUGCUCCGCAAUCUUAAGCGCUGGAGAGGAAGAACUGGAUGCUAGUGAGUGCUUGGGUCAGGUGCCAGAGGCAUCCUGGACCGUACCACAGGUCCCUAACUCAUCUACAUUAUCAGGGCUUGACUGGCCAAAGAAUAAUCAGAGUCUAUGUGACACUGCAGUUUUUGUGCCUGACACUAUGCAAAACGCUAGUCGGUAUCAACCAAGUUGCCCUAGUUCAAAAAGGCAGAGGGAAUUCUAAUCCACUUUCCUUGAGCUUCAUGUUAGUCUUUAGAGUAUAUAAUAUAUAUACAUAUACAUAUAUAUAUAUAUGGUUUGUUUGGUUGAGCUAAUAUCUGUGGUUUGAUUUGAACUAUCUUACUUUCAUCUGUAAGUAGAUCUCUCUCUUUUUUACUGUUUUUGUGUAGGGUUGUAACAUUAAUACAUAAUUAUUUCAGUUGUAUCUGGGGUGUGUUUGGGUUGAAUGAAUGAAUGAAAUAAUUAUUAAAAUACUCCUUUUCAGAGUAUACUCAUUUCAUUUCAGCGGAUAAUCAUUUUCCUUCUCAAAAAGAAAACAAAAAGAUAUUGCGAGAAAACAAAAAGAAAUUGUUGGAGACAGCGUUGUCACAUAUUACUUUCCUCGGUUUCGAUGCAUUUUGAAUCAGAGAAUGGCAACACAGCGAGAAAACUGAAGAGAAUCACAAUGAAAUGGUUCUCUCUCUGUUAAUCUCUGCUCUUCUAUUCAGCUUCUAGUCUCUCUCUCUCUCUCUCUCUCACAUACAAGGCAACAUAUACACGAACACAUAUAUAUGUAUAUACAGAGAGAGACAUCUGGUGGUGCCUUCGCGAGCAUUUUCUUCUGUGGGUGUUUGGGUGCAGAGGUCCGACUUCAGUUUCUUGUUUGGUGGCGGCUUAAAAUUCUCUCUGCUCAAUAUAUUGCAAACAUGCUGAAGUGUAGAUGUUGGAGGAUACUUAAAACCACCAGUCUUCUUCUGCUUACUAUAGAUUGCAAUGACAUUCAUAUAGAUUACAGUUGAAGAAGUCAACAAUAUCAGAUUUAGAAGAAGCUGUAUUGGAGACUGAAAAUAUGGCUGGUCAUAAUCAAGACUUCUAGUCUACCAUAUCUGUUCAUACUCUCACAUUGUGACAGCUAUUGGGUGCCACAGAGCGCACACAAAUGGAUGGUAUGGAUGCAUUUAUGGCACUGCUGCAUGCUGUAACAAAUAACUGUUCCUCAUAUAGUAUAUUCUCGGCACAAGUUACUUCCUACUUUGGCUUCCUUGAGAACAAGUCCCAAGAGUUUCUCAUAAGCCUGGAUUGCUGAUCCAAGUGUAUCAAUCGCUUUGCUCCUAUCCCGUGCCAAAACACCCAACAUCUGUUCCAUCCCCGUCACCUCCCUCAUCGGCCUACUCAGCUCUCUACUGGUGAACCCCGACCUCCAUCUGCUAAAUUCAUCAUUACCUUCACUUGCUCCAAGUCCGUGGCUCCCACAAUCACCAAACCCUUUGACCACAACAAGUUCACUAAUGCUUCCCAUUUCCUCGCUGAGAACCGUAACCACCUCUUUUCUAAAAACAUCCCAAAUCCAAAUGCUCCCAUCGUCUGAAGCAGUAACCAAAUUCUGCCCUCCGUUCAUCAUUGCCAACGCAAUCACUGCUCCCUUGUGUUUCCUUGUCCACGUGACUAAUUUAUGCCCUUGUUUCACCACAUGUCUCCCUACGCCCUUCAUCACUCCGUUGUACACCGAACCAUCCGAUCCUGCAACGUAGAACUCAGAUUCCGUGGGGUCCAUUUCCACACCCCAAAUUGUACACGGGAAUGCUACGGUACGCAGGUGGGUCCCAUGCAUUAGGCUCCAGAACUUACACGUGCAAUCUAAAGAGCACGAAAUUAUAGUACAAUUGGAUGCUCCAAUCCCGGUAGUGACAGAAGUGACGGUUGAUUCAUGCCCAUUGAAUCGAUGCAAUACAAGUUCAGUCGACUUGGAAGACGUGUUCUCCAGAAGUUUAUAGAUUGGAAAAACCGCAAUGGUUCCAUCAUCACUGCCUGAAAACAAGAGUGACCCAUCAUCAUUGAUUGCCAGGCAAGACACAGGCUUUCUAUGAGCAAAAAUGGUUCGAAUUGUGUCACUCGAAGGGACUGAGAGCGCAUGGACAUGGCCUGAAAGGCCACCAGCGAAAAGGUACGAGCCGUCAAAAGUGGCGGCAAGUGGACCAACUGGUUCAGUAAUAGGGAUGUGGUGCGAGGCGGUGGAGGACCACCAGUUAUAGAGAUGAAUGGAGGCUGCAGCAGUGUCUGAGGACACAUGAGAGGCGGCGAUGAGAUUGUUCCCAAUAACCACAAGGCCUUUUCGAGGUGAUCGGCUUCCAGUGAAGCGAGCUAAGGUGGUGCCUGAGGAAGCAUCGAAGGCAGUGAUGAUUCCAUCUGGAGAGCUAGCAAGGAUGAUUUCUUGCAAAGGAGAUGAUGCCAUUUUUUUCAGGCAGGAGAUGGGGAAAAAAACUGUGAACACGAGAAGUACAUGAUGAGAGAGGAUAUGUAUAUAUAGUUGUUGGAAAGGAUGAGUUUUUAUUACCAAAUUAAUUUUGGAUUUUUGCUAGGUAACUAAAAAUUUCUGUUUUAUUUUAUUUUAAAUUUAUGAGCUUGACUGGGUAAAUUGUUUCACAUGAAUUAGCUGCACAACAAUGUCAUUUAUGUAGAGUGAGUUGGUGAGCCUAGUGAAGUAUUGUAACGUAAUUUCCUACUUUGACCAUCAUAAUACUUUUUACUUUUCAUUCAUAAA